AUGUCUGCCACGAAGCUGCCAAACGGACUCAGGACCUUCGGUCCAAAGGCCAACUGCACACUGGAGCUUUGCCCGCUACAAUCCAGUUUGCUACGAUACCAGCCAUCCGUCCCCGCCAAUGGAACGUUCAUCGCCUUCUUCGCUUUAGCCAUGAUCAUUCAUGCAAUCCUCGGUUUCCGAUCUAGAACAUGGGGAUUCAUGGCUAGCAUGAUAGGAGGAUGCCUAGUGGAAAUUGUGGGCUAUGUUGGGCGUCUGAUUCUCCACGACAACCCAUUUUCCUUCGGCGGCUUUCUGAUACAGAUUAUCUGCAUCACCGUUGCCCCGGUGUUUUUCUGCGCUGCUGUCUACGUUAUGCUUUUUAAAGUUGUCACCGUCCUCGACCGAUCAAUCUCGCGCUUCGACCCUCACCUGUUCUACUACAUCUUCAUUCCCUGCGACAUAAUAUCCCUCAUCCUGCAAGCAACUGGAGGAGCUUUGUCCAGCGUGGGCGACAACAAAGCACAAGUACAAAAAGGAGUUAAUGUCUCAUUGGCGGGCUUGAUAUUCCAAGUCGUAACGCUUGUGGUGUUCUGCAUUCUCUUUGCCGACUACCUCAUCGCCGCCUCCAGAUCAAGCGCGCGGGAGAGAAUCACCAAGAGGAUGGGAAUCUUCUUGGCCUUCCUAUUCCUGGCAACCGUCUUGAUCCUCAUACGAUGUUCCUACCGCAUCGCAGAGUUGAAAGAGGGCUACUUCAGUCCACUCUUCAGGGAUGAGCCCCUGUUUAUUGGCCUGGAGUCAUCUGUCAUGGUCGUAGCUGUAUUCAGCUUGGUGAUUGGAAGUCCCGCAGUCGGCUUUCAAGAAAGCGAUACCCGAAAGAGCACAACUUCGGACUUCGAAGGUCGUCCAUCAAGAGAUGGGGAUCUGGCCAUGGACAAUGUCGGAGGAGGAAAGCCUGUUACGGAAGAUACCAUGCAUAAUGUGGAGCUAUAG